AUGUCCAAGACUCAGCAGCGCAUGCUCCGCUUCCCCUGGCAAUCCGAGAUCAACGGCAAAACGCCCCGAGUUAUGCUGGUCAAGUGGCUGGCCUCCAACCACGACGCUUACUUCCGCGCAAACAACCUUGCCGAAGUUGUGGAGAGAUUCCGCCUGCGGUUGGUGGCGGCUGGCUUUCGGGGGUGUACCAUCGAUGAGAUUCAGACGGAGAUCACCGGCUUAGUUAGCAAUGACCCAAUACUACAAUGGCUGCAGCCUGGGCACACCGGUCAAAGCCGGAUGGACAUCCUCGUGGCCUGGCUGGGAGAGAACCAAGCUGCCUACGCUCGGGCUAAACUGGCCAAGUCGAAAGAGCGACUGCUAGCCCCACUUGUCGCCCAAAUCGUGGGCAUUGGGUUUUCGAAUUGCAAGGCGCGUGACCAGCGGAUCCACAUCAAACACCUAAAAGAGCAUUGCUUCCGACGAUCUUCCCGUCUGAGCGACGCGGAAAGCCUGCACCCAAGGUCGGUCGCAAGAAGCUUUCAGCGACCAGCAAUCCGCGCCGCGCAAACCACCUACGCCGUGCAAGCUGCCCCCGACUUUGAUCACGAAAGCGCUUCCUCUACCGAACCUCCGAUCAAGGCCGAGCUUGGAUUUCCGGAUGGCUCGGUGCACGCCCCAUUCCUCAUGUACGGUGAUGACGACGACGAUCGCCCGAAGAGGGACGCGGUCCCAGCUAAUACGCUAACACUCGACGAGAUUCAUCGGCUCGAAGCACUCAUUGAUGCCAGACUCAAGUUCGGCGGGAAGAAGACGCUCUCGCAAGAGGAGAUCGACCUCUACUUCCCAAAGCCCAGGAAGUGA